UCCAUUGUUUUUUCCUUGGGCCCCGUUUGCUUUUAUUUUAGUACAUCCAGCUAUUCCAUUCACCUGCUCCUUCGGGCAUGGCUGCCACACCUGCCGACGGCCCGCCAGCGCCAGCUGACGCAGAUCAUUCGUCUCUCCUCCACCACUCGUCGCCCACGUCGAGUCGCUCCUCCGUUACAUGCCCAGCCGUCUAAGCCUGUCGUGUCUUUGCCAGCCGUGUCUGAUUGAUCGUUUUUGGCACGAUGCAACGCCUCACCUAUCGUGACGGGGUGCCUGAGCGCGUGCCUACAGGCGCUUGCCUCGUGGCUUGGUGCUUCGAACCCGGGUGUUGGGUGUAUAAAAUCCCAGGCCCGUGGAGAUGAGACGACGAUCGAGUAAGUUUUCCUUUCUGCAUUUGACACACCCUCGCUACUAUAUACACAUCAGCCACAAUGGGCCAAGGUGGCUACGUAGACCUGAUUAACGGUACACCGUACCCAUGGACUCUAACGGGACAGCACUCCUACCAGAUGGAGUCCUGGUCGUUCCCCUCGACCAUUUCUUCUGGUCAAUCUGUUCCAGUGUACAUUGAAUGGAAUCAAGAGCCAGGGAAACACCAGGCCGAUGAUGGUGGUGAGGCGGUGUACGCCAUCCAGGGAGCAUCUGCUGCCUUCCAAGUCCAAGCCAGGAACACCAAGGGCUUCACCAUCGAAGUGGUUUUGACUUCUGUGGAAACGGAGAACAACCCGGUGGGUAGCAACAUUGGCCUCGGAUUCGACCACGACGGGUCCGUCAAUUUCAUCUUGGGUGGCUCAGAGGGGAACUUUACCUCGACCAAUCCGUCCAUCGACUGGAUGCAGCAGAACAUGGCUACGUUGGGAGGAAGGAAGCUCCGCCACAUUUGCAUGCCCGGUUCACAUGAUGCAGGGAUGAGCGUCUUCGGCACUCACACAGGCUUGGUCAAGGAUGCCAAUACUCUGACGCAAAAGUUUAGCAUCGGUGAACAGCUCAAGGCGGGAUCCCGCUGGUUCGACAUUCGCCCAGUCAUCAGCAAUGGAGGUUUUUACACCGGCCACUACUCGGACACGAAAGUCGUUGGUUGGCAAGGCGCCAAUGGCCAGUCGCUUACUGAUAUCAUCAACGAGAUCAACUCCUUCACAGAGCAAUACCAUGAGUUGGUUAUUUUGGAUAUAUCGCACAGUCUGGACACGGACAAUGACUAUAAAGAAUUUAGUCAGUCCCAGUGGAACAACCUCUUUGACCAGCUUUCCAAGAUUAAUGACCGUCUCAAUACCACCGGUAUCUCGACCACGGAAGACUUGAGUCAACGAACUCUGUCGCAGUUUAUCGGACAUGGCGCGGGCAGUGUGCUUAUUGUGGUGGAGCUGCCCAACGGGAUAACCCUUGGCAAAUACUUCCAGCAAGGCAUCGUUGCCAGCAGCCCAAACUUUCCGUUCUACAACGUCUACUCGAACAGCGACGACCUGGACACCAUGAAAGCUGACCAACUCUCAAAGCUGGCUGCCAAUCGAAAGACGCCGGACGACCCGUUUUUCCUGCUGUCAUGGACCUUGACUGAGACCGCUGUCGAGUCGAUAUGGGGUAGUAUCGGGUUCCCGGGCGAUUUCAACUCUAUCCUGGGAAUGGCUGGCAGCGCAUACCAGCCGCUCUUCGAAUCGUUUGGCAGUUUCAACGCAAAGUCCUAUCCGAACGUACUGUACAUGGAUUUGUUCGGCACGUCCGAACCGGGAGCCGACAGUCCACGCACAGAUGUUGCAGCUCUGGCUAUGGCUGUCAACGGCCUCGCCAAGUCUUGAGUUUUGGGCUCAUGAGGUUGUGCUUGAUCAUCUCACAGUCGUUUCCGUUUGGCCAAACACCGACAGGCUUGUCUACGCUCAUUGCCCCACCUUAUUCCCUCAUUGAAG